CGCCCCUAUCCAUCCUCAGCUGCCAGCACGACACUCAACACCCAACACAAUGCAAGCUUUCCGUCGUCUAUACCCAGCUAUGAUCGCAGUCGGCGUCGGAGUUGGGACAGCAUACUACGUGGUGGCUCCCGAGUAUGCAGACGGCGGCCUUGGAGCAGAGGUCAUCCCGGAAAGUCAGAGGAAGAACGUCCCUGUAUCUCCGAUAGGUCCCCCUCCUCACUUGAACGCCAUCCCACCACUUUCAGCAGCAGAGCAGAAACACGACUGCUGCGAUCACAACUCGACACCGAAACCUAUAGACUCUUCAUUCGGAUCUGUCUCUGGAGGAGAAGCCUCAUUGCCGUUCAAUGCAGGUACGACGGCAGUCGAGGCGAAGAAGAGUCGUUGGUGGUGAACGUGAGGUCCCUGUCACAACAAUAUGUACGAGUACUGUACAAUCAUCAUGCAUCUACUGAAAAAGGGA